UGCUCGUUCUUUUUCCAGGUGUUUACACGUUAUGGGAAGUGUUACAUGUUUAACGCUGCAGAAGAAGGGAAGACUUUGAGAACUACGAUGAAAGGAGGCACAGGCAACGGUCUGGAGAUCAUGCUGGACAUCCAACAAGAUGAAUACCUGCCUGUUUGGGGAGAAACAGAAGAGACAGCAUUUGAGGCAGGAGUGAGGGUGCAGGUCCACAGUCAGGCGGAGCCUCCUUUUGUACAUGAGCUGGGCUUUGGAGUCGCCCCAGGCUUUCAGACCUUCGUUGCUACCCAGGAGCAAAGACUGACAUACCUUCCUCCUCCGUGGGGCGAGUGUGUGUCCAGAGCCCUGGAUUCAGGCCUCUUUCAGGUGUACAGUGUGUCUGCCUGCCGUAUCGAGUGUGAGACGCGCUACAUCGUAGAUAACUGCAACUGCAGGAUGGUCUACAUGCCUGGUGAUUCUUCGUACUGCACUCCUGAACAAUAUAAGGACUGUGCUGAACCUGCUCUGGCUGCUCUGUCAGCUGUUGAAGGCACAAACUGCAUCUGCAGGAGCCCGUGUAACAUGACUCGAUACAACAAAGAGCUUUCCAUGGUCAAGAUCCCUAGUAAAACUUCUGCACGCUAUCUGGAGAAGAAGUUCAACCGGUCAGAGAAGUACAUCACGGACAAUAUCCUUGUUCUGGAUGUGUUCUUUGAGGCUUUGAAUUAUGAGACCAUAGAGCAGAAGAAAGCAUACGAGGUGGCGGGUCUACUAGGUGAUAUUGGUGGUCAGAUGGGCUUGUUUAUCGGUGCAAGUAUCCUGACCAUACUGGAGCUAUUUGAUUAUGCAUACGAGGUGGUGAAGGAGAGACUGCUGGACCUGCUGAACCGAGAGGAGGAGGAAGAGAGUCAUGGAGAGGAUGUGAGUACCUGUGAUCCGGUGGUAAACCAUUCGGAGUCAAUUAGCCACACGGUCAGCGUUCCCCUCCAGACCACCCUGGGCACGCUAGAGGAGAUUGCCUGCUGAGCACCGUAAACCCCUCCAGACCUACAGGGGGAGCCGGGCCACUCCACUCUAAUGGGUGAAGGACAGAGUAAAACGAGGGAAAAGUCUCUGUUGCUUUUUUCCCGGCAUGUCAUCAUUUGGCACAAACAUGACAACUGGAAGCCAAGGAGCUUCUCGAGAAACACGAGGACCCCAAAGUUUCUCACAAACACCAUCUGUUUGUUCCGGACUCAUGAAGGAAAGCAGAAGCCCGUGGACCCGUCAGGACAGUCACUUGUAAAAAUAAAUAAAUAAAUAAAGACAGACAUGAAAACACGAGCAUGUGAGGAACUGCAGAUGCGCACGGCCUCGGCAUGUUCUCGCGUUCUCUCUUUCUCUCUCUGCCCAGCCGCCAUUUUGAAGUCUACUGCCAAAACACUGUAAAUUAUUAACGGAGAAAAUGUUGUGAAACUGUUCUAACUGUGCAUGUGUCGGUUUCAUGCGUUACAAUGCGGUUUUCUCAAACUUGUCAUCCUCUCUCACGUGUGGAGACGGUUUUGUCUUCUUGUGCUGUUCGUUUGCUAUGUGUUUCUGCAUCUCAAUUGGCUUCUUGAUGUAUCAGGGAUGCAUCAUAAAACUGAGAGCCCCUUUCUUCUAUCCUUUUUAUUUUUCUAUCCUUCGUAGACGAGCCGAAUGGGUCACGGUACAAUGGCAGCCAUUAUGAGCCCAUUCUGGCAGCGUAUGGCUCUUCUACAUGCUUUCUGGAUCCCAUUUGAAAAAUGAAGAACAGCGCACCGAAAAAAAAUGUUUUUGUCGCUUUCUGCAUAAGAGUAAAGUGAUACAACUAGCGGUUUUCUUUUUGUUAAAUGUGAGAGGUAUUAAUUUGUCGUUUAAAGCUGAUGAGAUACAUUUUUGACAGCCAUCAUGAUUCUGCUUCCCAAGUUAUCGUAAGUGGGAUAUUUUCAAACAUAUAAAGGAUUUAGAAGCGUU